AUGUUUGCCCCCCGCAGACCCGCCGCAGCCUCUCUCCGGGCGAUAUCUCGAGUGAACUCCGCGAGCAGGAGCCGCCGGUGGAACAGCACCGAGGCCCCGCCGGCCGGAGGCCAUCUUCCGUCCGUAGCAAACUCCUCAUUUCUGAAGCCCACCCGCGACGUCGCGCUGCGCACGAAUGGCCUCCAGUGGGUCGAUCCAGUCGACGCCGACCCCACGCGCGAUAUGGUCGGCCGCGAGACGCGUAAGAUGAACAUGUACCAAGCCGUGCGGGACGCGUUAAGCAUUGCGCUCAGCAAGGACGACACGGCAGUCGUGUUUGGCGAGGAUGUGGCCUUCGGAGGCGUCUUCCGGUGCACGAUGGGCCUCGCGGAAGAGUUUGGACGCGAACGUGUGUUCAACACGCCCUUGACUGAGCAGGGCAUCGCAGGCUUCGGCAUCGGGCUCGCGUCCAUGGGCCACACCGCGAUCGCGGAGAUUCAGUUCGCGGAUUACAUCUUCCCCGCCUUCGACCAGAUUGUGAACGAGGCCGCCAAAUUUCGGUACCGCAGUAACGGCAACUUCAACGUCGGGAAGCUCACCCUCCGCUGCCCGUCCAUGGCGGUCGGGCACGGGGGCCACUACCACUCUCAGAGCCCGGAAGGGUUUUUCAUGGGCGCGGCUGGGAUCAAGGUUGUGAUCCCGCGGUCGCCCAUCCAAGCCAAGGGCCUCUUGCUGAGCGCAAUCCGAGACCCAAAUCCGGUGAUCUUCAUGGAACCCAAGAUCCUGUACAGAUCCUCCGUGGAGCAGGUGCCGUUGGACGACUACGAGAUCCCCCUCAGCAAAGCCGAGGUCCUCGCCCGGGGCUCCGACCUGACCGUCCUCACCUGGGGCACCCCCGUCUACCACUGCGAGGCCGCCAUCCAGAUGCUCAAGCAGCCCCCGCCAGCGAUCGCGGAGCACGUCCCGGCAGCCUUCCGCGGCGCGACGGUAGAGCUCAUCGACCUGCGGACAAUCCUGCCUUGGGACGUCGACACCGUCGUCGAGAGCGUGCAGCGCACGGGCAGGCUCGUCGUCGUUCACGAAGCCGGACGCACGGGCGGCGUCGGUGCCGAGAUCGGCGCGGAGAUUCAGAAGAAGUGCUUCCUCAAGCUCAACGCACCUGUGCGGCUCGUCACUGGUUGGGACACCCCGGUUGGCAUGCAGUUCGAGAAGUUCUACAUGCCGGACCCGAUCCGCAUCAUGGACGCUAUGGUAGAGACUCUAGCAUACUGA